AGUUUUCUUUACUCAUUUCUUUGUUUCUUGUUUUGCGCCUCAUCAAAAAAUAGAGAAAAAGGAAAAUUAUCCAACUGCCAAACCGAAAUCGCAAGGCCCAGAUCCAAUUUAGCGGUUCCAUGCUACCAUCUCUCACGCUGCAAUUUCUAUGCUAUUCUUCACCUUUCCAACGCACUCAUUGUCUCUCCACCACCACCACCACCACCUCCGCCACCUCUGCUGCUGUUUGUCAGAGUGAAUCUAGUCUAAGAAAAACAAUGGAUCGUCUAACUGAGAAUGCACGCCUCAUGAUUGUCUCUGAUCUUGAUCAUACAAUGGUUGAUCAUCAUGAUCCUGAGAAUCUCUCCCUGCUUAGAUUCAAUGCCUUGUGGGAAGCAAAUUACCGUAGUAACUCUCUGCUAGUUUUCUCCACUGGUAGGUCACCCACAUUAUACAAGGAAUUGAGGAAGGAGAAGCCCAUGCUAACCCCGGAUAUCACAAUAAUGUCUGUGGGAACUGAAAUAACGUAUGGUAACUCUAUGGAACCUGAUAAUGGUUGGCUUGAUUUUUUAAAUCAGAAAUGGGACAGGAAUAUAGUAUCUGAAGAGACAAGCAAGAUUACAGAGCUUACUCUUCAGUCUGAGACAGAGCAACGGCCACAUAAAUUGAGCUUUUAUGUUCAGAAAGACAAGGCCGAAGAUAUUAUGAGAUCUCUUUCCUCUUGCUUAAAAGAACGUGGGUUGGAUGUCAAAAUAAUAUACAGUGGAGGUAUGGACUUGGACAUUUUGCCUCAAGGUGCUGGCAAAGGACAAGCACUUGCUUAUUUGCACGAAAAAUUCAAGGCUGAGGGAAAAUUACCUAAAAACACACUUGUUUGCGGUGACUCUGGAAAUGAUGCCGAGCUGUUUACUAUCCCAGAUGUGCAUGGUGUCAUGGUCAGUAAUGCCAUGGAAGAAUUACUGCAGUGGCACGCUAUAUACGCAAAAAAUAAUCCUAAAAUAAUUCAUGCAAAGGAGAGAUGUGCAUCGGGUAUUAUACAAGCCAUUGGUCACUUUAAUCUUGGUCCAGGUAUAUCUCCUAGAGAUGUAUCGGACUUAUCUGACUCUAAGUUGGAGAACUUUGAUCCUGCUUAUGAAGUUGUGAAGUUUUACUUGUUUUAUGAGCGGUGGAGACUUGCAGAAAUUGAAAAGUCAGAGCUGUAUAUGGCAAAUAUGAAGGCAGUUUGUAGUAAAUCUGGGAUUUUAGUCCAUCCUUCUGGGAUUGAAAAGCAUCUCCAUGACUGCGUGGACUCACUAAGAGCAUGUUACGGGGACAAAAGAGGCCAGCCAUUUCGUGUUUGGGUAGAUCAGGUUUUACCUGUGCAGGUUGGGUCGGAUGCAUGGCUGGUAAAGUUUAAGAAAUGGGAGCAAUCAGGUGGAGAGCGGGUAUGUUGUCUGACGACUGCUUUAUUAAGUUCAAAAGACGUGACCGUGGCCGAUGGGUUAACUUGGGUGCACGUCCAUCAGACAUGGUUGAACGAAGCAAGCUGUAAUGCAGGCUGGUUGUUCUAGACUCUCUCUCUCUCUCUUCCCAAAUAAAUGCAAAACUACAGGAGUAAUCACACCUGUUGUUAAGUUCUGUUACUGCCGAUGAUUAAUGUAUUCCAUUUGAGCAUGGAUUACACUACUUUUUUAUAUUUAUCUCUUAUAUUGCUGCUAUGUAUAAACAGUAAAUAAUUAGCUACAGCUGUGGCUUAUUACUGUUACUAUGAUGUUACACUUGUUUCAUCCAGCAAUAUGAAGAUGGAUCAACAAUUAUCUCUA